UGGCCGUACGCGGAAGCAGUCCCGGGAGAUGCAAGGUGCCGGGGAGAUGCCGGGGCCCGGAGAAACACCGGACCCGGAAGAGGCACUGCUGGCGACCAUCCUGGAAACUGGCGGGACGGGGAUUAUUGAGGACUACAUCUGCAACUCGCUUGUGAAGGAGCAGUGGGACGAGGAGCAAACAUGCCGUAUGGAGGCGAUGUGCAGGCGCGAGAUGCAGGAGAAACCGAGUGAUGUGGAAGCACUACCGACGACGUACAAGGAUGUGAGGUGUUCCAAGUACAAGGUUUUCUGGGAGGCGGCCAUGAGGAAAGAGAUAGAUGGCCACGACAAGACUGGAACCUUUACCAAGGUCAAGGAGCUGCCCGAGGGGCGGAAGGCCAUAGGUUCAAAGUGGGUGUUCUCUUGGAAGACGAAUGAGAAGGGCCUGAUAGUCGACUUCAAGGCCCGUAUGGUUGCGCGGGGUUUCUCUCAAAUCCCCGGCAUCGACUUCCACCACUCAUCCUCAGCGUGCCCGUCUGCAGCGUCUAUCAAGACGGUGAUUGCCGUAGCCACUAGAAAGGGCAAGAGACUCGCUGGGAUACGAGGGAGAGCGAGAGGAGUUGUUCGCUUCCCCCAACAAGAAGGUUCCGGUGAAAGAUUUGGGGGAGUGUACCUGGUGCGACGGGUGUGCUAUCGUGUAGAAAAUGGCAUCACCAAGCUGUCCCAGACAGCAUACAUUGAGAGAACGCUGAAGCGGUUUGAUGAGACCACGACCGCAUUCACCCCUGCUGCCACCGAUGCCGACCUAGGGCCGAAGAGAGAUGACGAGCCCGCGGUGGAUAAGCCUGUGAGGCAGGCGAUCGGAUGCCUGAUGUGGACGAGGCUGACGAGGCCAGACAUCGCCCUGCCUCUGAACAAGCUCCAGAAGAUCGCCCACUCACCCGCCGGGAGGAUAUGGAACGCGCUUGUGCGGCUCAUGUCCUACCUGAACUUCACGAAGGACUUCGGCAUUACCUACGUACGGGGGUCAGGACUAGACCUAAGCGUGCUUGUCGAUGCCAGCUACGCUGACAACGAAGUAGACAGGCGUUCUACCACCGGGCUAGCUGGCGUGAAGGAGGCGUUGUUUGUGCGUGGCGUUCUGUCGUUCAUAGCGNGA